ACAGCAGAAGAAGAUGGACAUGGGUUAGCAACUCAGGGACACUUUGAUUGAACAGCCGCCUGGGUGGGCUUCAUGGCUGAGUCAGGACCCUUCUAUCAUUCGUCCUCCCCUGGCUAUUGUAAACACUCUCUCCGCUGGACACCGGCAGAGCUGUUAAGCCGGCAAACUGGGUACCAAACAGCUCCGUGUCACAUGAGAGGCCUGGCUGGAGUCACAGUGGCCCGGGUUACUAUUCUUAGCAGCAGGAAUGUACACAGUGGCCUCAUGGCAAGCUCCACAGCGUCUAACUGGAGAUCCUCGUCGUUUUUCUGUGUCAUGCUCCUUUUUCUUUCCCUGAAAACACUACCCAGUCUCUCUCUGGAUUAUGUUUUGUGAUUGGAACUGACAUUUCCUGUGAUCACACCUACCAGACGUUGUGGAUUUCACUGAUUUCCUGAGAGAGCAGGAGGUAAGGAUUCACUCCGUCACAGAUGUUGUGGAAGAACUGGCAACAGAAUGGCCUGUAGACCACAAGAAGUUUUCUUGUUCAAAGACUCAGAACUUCCCUCUCACCUUCAUGCCCAGCUCAACAUCCUCCGGCAGGAGCGCAUCCUGACAGACGUCCUGCUCUGCACGGAGCAUCAGGAGAUUCCCUGCCACAAGAAUGUCCUAGUGUCCAGCAGCCCGUACUUCCGAGCCAUGUUCUGCAGCAACUUUCUGGAGAGCAGUCAGGCCCGAGUGAAUCUGAAGGGAAUCUCUUCGGAUGUCCUUACUGGCAUCGUGGACUAUGUCUACACAGGCUGCAUCAAUAUCACCAUGGACAUUGUUCUUCCUCUCAUGCAGGCAGCAUCCAUGCUUCACUAUGGGGGUCUUUUUGAGGCCUGUUCCAUGUUCCUGCAGGAGCAGCUGAGUCCAGAAAACUGUCUGAGCAUGAUACGGCUCUCUGAGAUCCUUCACUGUGAAAGUUUGAGGGAGAGGGCUAAGGAGAUGGCUGUGAGGUGUUUCUCUGAUGUCGCUGCUACAGAGGACUUCAGUGAGUUGACUCUUCAAGAGCUUAUGUGUUACCUAGAGGACGACCGACUUUGUGCUGAGGAGGAGCAAGUGUUCGAGACACUCCUUGCAUGGAUCCACCAUGACCCCUUCUCAAGACGCGGUGCAAUCCAUGACCUCUUCAAAAGAGUCCGCCUUCGCUACAUUCAUCCAACUUACCUCUUCCAGUUUAUCGCCAAUGACCCAUUGGUGCAGUCUUCCACCCUGUGUACUGAGAUCAUCGAUUCAGUGCGUCGCCUUAUGCUCACAGUCAGCACCAAGUGUAGCCAGGAGCUCAAGCCGCUUUGGACCACACCAAGACGCUACACCUGUAGGGAAACACUGGUGGUGGUGGGGGGACGCAAAAACAAUGAACAGACCUCCAGAGAAGCCCUGCUGUAUGAUGAAAGGACUCAUCGUUGGCAGUGGUUGGCCAAGCUCCCCUUGCGUCUUUACAAAGCUGCAUAUGUGUGUAUUCAUAGCAUCUUGUAUGUGCUUGGUGGGCUCAGCCUCUGUAUGACAUUAGGUGACAGCUCAGUCAGCGCCACAGUUUACACACUCUCCCUAAAGACCAACCAGUGGCGGACGGCUGAGCCCAUGUUGGAGCCAAGAUAUGCCCACCAAAGUGUUUCCUAUCUGCACUUUAUUUUCGUAUUAGGAGGCAUCGGGGAAGACAAGAGAAUCUCUCAGUCAGUAGAAAGAUAUAACAGUAUGUUUAACCAAUGGGAGGCAAUGGCACCAAUGCCCACACCAGUGCUGCAUCCAGCUGUAGCAGCCAGUGAUCAGAGGAUCUAUGUUUUUGGAGGGGAGGACGCAAUGCAGAAUCCAGUCAGGCUGAUUCAGGUGUAUCACAUCUCUCGCAACACGUGGUCCAGACUAGAGACGAGAACUGUGAAAAACGUUUGUGCUCCUGCUGCUGUCAUUGAAGACAAGAUCUACAUCAUAGGAGGAUACACCAGGCGAAUGAUCGCCUAUGACACGAAGACAAACAAAUUCUUCAAGUGUGAGAACCUGAGGGAGAGGCGGAUGCAUCACAGCGCCACAGUGAUCAACAACAAGCUCUACAUCACCGGUGGACGCAUCCUAAACAGCCAGGAUGUCAUUGAGGACUCAGACUGUUUCGAGUGUUAUGACCCGAAGACAGACGUUUGGACCUCAAAAGGUUCUUUGCCAUACAAGCUAUUUGACCAUGGCUCCCUACCGCUAGUCUGUGUGUCCAAUAGACCAAACCCACCAUGACCCACCAUCCUGUUAGUCACUUUGCAAAUACUCUGCUACAUUUUCCUCGACUCCCUUUUGCCAAGACUGAUUGGCCUCUAACUACACAAAUGGGAAACCAUUUCAGACUGGCUGCAUUCCUUCACGUAGCUCAGUCUCUGUCACAACUCAGCGGCAUGUUAAGCCAGGAGGACUUUCACUGACUCACAGGGGAGCCUAACUGAACACCAGAGGUGUAAUUUCUGAGGCACCUGGUGUUGAAUUUAACUGUGAAUCCAAGAGAUGACGAGUGGCAGACACACUUACAUAACAAGCAGCUGGUCAGGCACACAUACUCCAAAAGCUUUUUUCAGCCGCGCUUGUUUGAUGGUAACUAAGAGUGUUAAUGCUUGAAUUUCACAGACAGUUAUACACAGCAUAUCAAUGCCUAGCAGCUGUAGGAGACUUCCCUAUUAACAAUUUAAUUCAUAGAGAAUGACAUGCCUGGCUGCUUUCUGAAACUCUACUUGUCAUAAAAGCCCGAAAAAGAGCUGAUAGCUUAUUGAUUUGCACUUUACAGAAAAAAUAAACAUUCCUGCUUUUAUCAGAGUGCACUAAGGAAAACAAUUGGGAUAUGGACUUAUUGGUUUGGGUUUUUUGAUAAUUUUCUGAGUCUUGUUUCUCUAAUGUGAAUAUUUCUUCCUUUCUGACUGUUAUACGACAGCAAACUGAAUUCUCUGGGUUGUGUAAAUAAGAAGACUUUAAAUGAUGUCAACCUGGCUCUGGUAAACACUAAUUGGCAUUUUUU